AUGUCCUCGUACUCUGCAUCGCUGAAGGUUGAGGAAAGCCAAAGCGAGGUCGCGCGCACGGGUGACAGAAUCACCGAAGCAACGGUAGAGCUAAACAAACCACUCGAAGCAGCCAAGAAGCUUGUGCUGCCGCUGAUCCACCAAAAGCCUACCUACCACAACAGUGAGGUACGAGACAGAAUCCAUGCUUGGGCCGCAACGAAGCAGACGGACGGCUCGCUGAAAGAGCUGACGGAAGACGAACUUCUGAAGCUCGGUCGACAAGUAUGGGAGGAGGCCACCCUUCGCCUGAAGUACCCGAAUGCCAAGAAAACGAGAAAGUACAUCAGUCUGUCUUUUGACACGAAGCAGGACUCCGCUCUCGCCGAGAAGCGUUGA